AUGAAAAAUCAAAUAUAUUUAAAUUUACCAACUAUUUCAUAUUUUUUUAUUAUAUUAUCAUUAUUUAUUUAUUAUCAUGCAAAGAGUAAAAAAAGUAAUGGUGGUCAUAGAAUUAAAAAAAUAUUUUUAUUUUUGUUAGGAAUAAUUUCUUUAGUUGACGUUUCAACAAUAAUAUAUAAUAGAAGAAUAACAAGUGACCCAAAUUUAACAUAUUCAUCACACUUUGGUGGUACAAGCUAUUUCCCAACUAUUAAUGGCACAUCACUUCAUAUAAGAUGCUUCAACGAUAAUAGCAAUGGUAACUUUAAUGGAAACAUAACAAUACUCUUUGAAGCCGGCACUCCAUUUUACUCAACUGUUUGGGGAAAUGUAGUUAGUUUAUUAAAAUCAAGUGCUUUAUCACAACAUCAAAACACAAUUAAACAGUUUUGCAUUUAUGAUAGAUAUGGAUAUGGCUGGAGUGACCUUAAAGUUAAUAGAGGAGUUGAUGGUGUGACUGCUGUAAACGAUUUAAAGCAAUACCUAAGUCAAAUUGGUAUCAACCAUAAUUUAUUAUUAGUAGGUUGGAGUUAUGGUGGCACAUUAACACAGCUAUUCGCAUAUCAACAUCCAGAUCUUGUUCAAGGUUUGGUUUUAGUAGAUUCUAUGGUCAUAGAAGAUUUAAGUGAUACAUAUUUAAUAUCAGGUAUUAGCCAAGGUAUUACUAGCUUCACAGUAUUAAAAUACCUAUUACCAACAGGUAUAACUAGAUUUUUAACUCCAUUCUAUCCUCUAGAAAGUGGUUAUUUUGAAAAUAAAAAACAAAACUCAACUGUAGUUUUAAAUAGAACACUAAAGAGCUCAACUGAUUCAAUUUAUUUAACUUAUUCAAAUAUAGAUGCAUCUGCAAAUGAAUUAUCCAUUAUAAUGGAUACUAUUUCACAACAAAAUUCAAUUAUUAUAAAUCAUUCAAAUCAAUAUUCAGAUACUCAAUAUUUGGGUAAUACCCCACUAGUUGUUUUAACUGCCAUUGAUAAUGGCACUCCUGAUUGGGUUCAAAUGCAAUCAAAUAUUACAAACUAUUCCAGCAAUUCAAAACAAAACUUUGCAACUAACUCUAAUCAUUUUAUCCCAUUAGAAAAUCCUUUAUCAAUUGUGGAUUCAAUCUAUGAUUGUUUAAAUUUAAUUAAUAAAUAA